AUGUCAAGAACGAAAAAACUUCUCCCAAUUUUGGAGAAUUACACUCCAAGAAAUCAAAUUAAAAUUCUCUGGUUUUGGGUUCAUUCAUGGCGGAUUUCAAAUUAAAGCUUCAUUCAUGGCAUAUUUCAGCCGAGAGAGAUAGUGAGAGAGACAGAGGAUCAGCGGCGGCGAGGAUGGUGAAAUUUUUGAAGCCAAACAAAGUUGUUAUCAUUCUUCAAGGCAAAUAUGCUGCCUGGAAAGCUGUGAUAGUGAGGGCAUUUGAUGAAGAAAAAAGGGACAGGCCAUAUGGCCAUUGUUUGGUUGCAGGUCUCACAAAGUACCCGAAGCAGGCGAAGAAAUCUCGUGUGAAGGCUUUCAUCAAGCUCGUGAACUACAACCACAUCAUGGCUACUUGUUACACACUCGAUGUGGAUCUGAAGGAUGUUGUCAAUGCUGAUGAUCUUCUGGCACUUGACAAAAAGGUGACUGCUGAAAAAGUGACCAAGGCUAGGCUUGAGGAGAGGUUCAAGACCGGGAAAAAUCGCUGGUUCUUCACUCGAUAACAUUUGCUUUUCAAUAUAUAGUGCAGACAUUUCUUGCAAUUGGCUAAUUUUAUACAUAUUUAUCUGCAGCGUGAAAGCAAAUGUGCUUUGAUAUA